AUGAACCAGGGAACAGAGACGCAGCUGUCUGACCUGUUAUCCAAGUACUACGGUAAAAUUGAUGUGAAAACAAUGGCAGGCCUUCAGAAUCUGCUGUAAAGGCUACCCAGUUGCAAGACGAAUGGAGAGAAUUCAAAUAUGAUCUUGCAAACUGGAAGAAAGUCCCAGAGGAACUCAAGACCAAGACGAAGACAGAUCAUGGACAAUCAAAAUCUUGUACAGAAGGGACAACUGCCACAUCAGGAAUGCAGCAGGCGAGAGAGCAGGCUAAGGAAAAGCCAGAAGUUAAGAAGAGACACCAAUCGUCAACAGAAUGGUGUAUGCAAAAGGCUGAUUAUCUUGAAACAAGGACUUCAGUUUGA